AUGGGCUGUUUUUCAUGUUUUUCGUCGCAAGAAAAGAAGGCAUUCAAAAGAAUAUAUAGCAGAAGCAAAGAAACAUCAGGUGUUGUUCAUCACAGAGAAACACUCCUGCAACAGCAACAGCAACAACGUCCACGUUCAUUAUCAAGGCCAAAGCCACAGCAAGACCUGCAUUUUCAUCCACAACCUCCAUCUGAAAAUACUAGAAAGGCGCCAGCAGAAGUCACACACCAAAAGGCUUCUAACAAAGGUGACGAUCAGAGCAUUGCAGCUCAAACUUUCACCUUUAGGGAACUGGCAACAGCUACAAAGAACUUCCGAUCAGAAUGUCUGAUAGGUGAAGGUGGAUUUGGACGUGUUUACAAGGGUCACCUCAACAAAACUGGCCAGACUGUAGCAGUGAAACAGCUUGACCGCAAUGGAUUGCAAGGAAACCGAGAAUUCCUUGUAGAGGUGUUGAUGUUAAGCCUUUUGCACCAUACGAAUCUUGUAAAUCUAAUUGGCUAUUGUGCUGAUGGAGAUCAAAGACUUCUUGUUUAUGAGUACAUGCCAAUGGGAUCAUUGGAGGAUCAUCUGCUUGAUCUUGAACCAGAUAGAAUUCCACUAGACUGGUUCUCAAGGAUGAAAAUAGCACUACAUGCUGCCAAAGGACUGGAAUAUUUACAUCAUAAAGCCAAUCCACCGGUGAUUUACCGUGACUUGAAGUCGUCCAACAUCUUGCUGGAUAAGGAAUAUAAUGCAAAACUGUCAGACUUCGGGCUAGCCAAGGUUGGACCUACAGGGGAGAACACCCAUGUUUCUUCAAGAGUCAUGGGAACAUAUGGUUAUUGUGCUCCUGAGUACCAACAAACUGGCAAACUCACUAUCAAGUCCGAUGUUUAUAGCUUUGGUGUAGUUUUAUUGGAGCUAAUCACCGGAAAGAGAGCAGUUGAUAUCACGAGGAACGGGCAUCAGCAGAACUUAGUUACCUGGGCUGAACCGAUAUUCAAAGACACAAGGAGACACAUUGAACUGGCUGAUCCACUUCUUGAAGAAAAUUUCCCAAAGAAAAGUUUCAAUCAAGCAGUUGCUAUUGCUUCUAUGUGUCUGCAAGAGGAUCCAGCCGUUCGUCCUCUGAUCAGUGAUGUGGUCACUGCACUCAGUACUCUUCCAACACCUGACACCACAGAAUUGGAUUCACCGUUUGCUUCUCCAACUCGAGCACCACCCCCAAUGCAAAUGUCGUCAACUGAAGACGACAGAAUAAUAUCUACAAAAGAGUGCCAACGAGAAGUCGCAGAAGCCAUAGAAUGGGGUUCAAAUUCAAGAACACAGAAUGCAAGAUCACUAGCAUCUUGUGGUUCUUCAGUGUGACAUAAGCACAUUUUGGCUUAUCACUGCAAUAGUAUUGGAUUAGGUGAUAAAGAUGAUCAGGUUGCUUCAGCCCCUCCAGAGAUGCUCUUAAGUAAUCACCUAGUGCUACCGCUGUUGAAUUAUUUAGGAAAUGAAGCCACAUAUAUGAAUAUUAGUACUUCAAAUAUUGUGUAUGUUGCAACAAUACUACAAAACGGACAAUUUGUUACAGCCACUAUCGCAGGGAAUUCAAAGAAAUGAUGUAUACUACCUAGCUCGCAGAAUGAAGAAUCCAAAUGUCAUUACUUAAAUAGGAUUUAAGUUAUAUAAAUUGACCGUAUAGAAUCUUUUAUCUAUCAGUGUAGUUUAAUCUUUGUAAUGUUUUAACUCGACAAUAUAAUCACGACUCACACGAGCAACG